ACUUCCUGGUUACGCGCUCGGUGGAAAAAAGCUGGAUUUGUCUGUUUUUAAAGAGUUUCCGUUAACCUGUUGCUUUUACACUCACGAACACCCAACUUUCCCCGAUAAAUGGUCGUUUGAUGAGAGGAAACCGUCUGUGAUGCCGUAAACGGGACAGGCACGCAGUGAGGCGCAGAUACACGUGAGUCAAGAGCGCCACGUCAUUGAUCGGCGGAAGAGUCAGAAACACGCACCCAGAAAAUAGUCCCGAGUCCCCGCUCCGGACUGCACACAAGACCUCGUCUGUUUGACAUUUCACCUCCCAGUAAGCGGUGACCAUGACGGCGUCUAACUGGGGUCUCAUCAUGAACGUGGUGAACAGCAUCGUUGGAGUCAGUGUCCUCACCAUGCCCUUCUGCUUCAAACAGUGUGGGAUAGUGCUGGGAACUCUCCUGUUGUUCUUCUGUUCGUGGAUGACCCACAAGUCUUGUAUGUUCCUGGUCAACACAGCGAGCAGCACCAAAAGAAGGACCUAUGCAGGAUUGGCUUUCCAUGCUUACGGGAAACCAGGAAAAACAGUGGUGGAGAUGAGUAUGAUCGGUUUGAUGCUGGGGACCUGUAUUGCCUUCUACGUUGUGAUAGCUGAUCUGGGCUCGAAUUUCUUCGCUCAGCUGUUGGGUUUACAGGUGACUGGCGGUUUUCGCGUGCUGCUGCUGAUCGCCGUGUCUCUGUUCAUCGUCCUCCCUCUGAGUCUGCAGAGGAACAUGAUGUCCUCCAUCCAGUCCUUCUCCGCCAUGGCUCUCAUGUUCUACACCCUCUUCAUGUUCACGAUGGUGCUGUCGUCGUUCAAACACGGGCUGCUCGGCGGCUGGUGGCUAGGGCAGGUCUGUUUGGUGCGCUGGGAGGGUGUGUUUCGCUGUCUCCCCAUCUGUGGGAUGGCCUUCGCCUGUCAGUCGCAGGUGCUCCCGACUUACGACAGCCUUGACGAGCCGUCCGUCAAACGCAUGAGCACCAUCUUCACCUCGAGCCUCAACGUAGUCACCAUCUUCUACAUCACUGUGGGUUUCUUUGGCUACGUCAGUUUCACAGAGAACAUCGCAGGCAACGUGCUGAUGAACUUCCCGUCCAACCUGGUCACAGAGAUGAUUCGUGUGGGCUUUAUGAUGUCCGUGGCCGUAGGAUUCCCCAUGAUGAUCCUGCCCUGCCGCCAGGCCAUCAACACCAUGCUUUUUGAGCAGCAGCAGAAGGACGGGACGUUUGCUGCCGGGGGAUACAUGCCUCCUCUGCGCUUUAAGAUGAUCACCCUCUGCAUUGUGUUUGGCACCAUGCUGGGAGGCAUUCUCAUCCCAAAUGUGGAAACCAUUCUGGGUCUGACUGGAGCCACUAUGGGCAGCCUCAUCUGCUUCAUAUGCCCUGCUCUCAUCUACAGGAAGAUCCAGAAAAAUGGCUUCAUUUCACAGCUGGUGCUUUGCGUUGGUCUGGGCAUCCUACUGGUCAGCACCUUUACCACCCUCUCAAUUUCGGCCACAAGCCCCCGCACCAAUGUCCAAGCUCCUCCACCUCCAGCAUCUGUCAAGCACAACCAGCUGCUUCCAGACCUCCCUGAACUGAACGGUAAAGAUCAUGACAACCCUCCAAACAAGAAGCCAGUGGAGAUAGAAAAACCUGACCUUCCAGCUGUGGAGGUGGUACAACCAGUCGAGAGGGACCCGCCUGAGCCCCCCCAGAUUAAAGGACCAGUGGAACUACCUGAGAGGAAGAAGGAGGAAGAGGCCCAGUUGGACCGCCCUGGUGCCGGUGUUGCGGUGCCAGAGGGCGAGGCCCAUCGGCAUGAACCACCCAUCCCUCAUGACGCGGUCCAUGUGGACACAAGAAAGAACAACGCAGAGCUGGCGGAAGAUAAGAAACAACCCGAUGAACCUAAAAGAGACGAGGAGCAAGGUUUAGGGCACGCUGUGGUGGAAGACGGCAACAAAGACAACAAGGCUGAAGAGAAUCCAAAGCCUGCUGUGGCUGUUGUGGGGAAAGAGGAGGUGGAUUUGGGUGGAGGUGAAGUCCGGUCCAAUGAAGUGGUGGAGAACCCGGGUGCAGAGGCAGACAAAAAGCAGGACAUUCCCCUCCUAAAGCAAGUUGAGAACCUGGAUCCGAUGAAAGAUCCUCUUGCAGGGAAUGUAGCUGAGGUGGUAAAUCCAGUGGGCAAAGCUCCAGAUGCUGCAGGGAAACCUCCGCUUCCUGAAGGAGAGAAUCAUCUUACUGGAGAUGGAGCUGCCGCUGCAGACAGCAAAGACACAGCGGAUGAGAAGAUGGACGAAGGCCAGCUGGACCACGCAGUGCUACUGCAGGUGAUCAAGCAGCAGCAAGAGCAACAGAAGAGACUUCUUGACCAGCAGGAUAAACUACUGGAUUUAAUAGAAGAGCAACACAAGGAAAUUCACCAGAAACAACCUGCUGGGGCUGCUGACGGUGAGCCAGAGAAGGGCAUCCAGGAGGGAAUGGAAGGUGCAGCUGGAGCUGGAGCUGGAGCAGGAGCAGGAGCUGCAGCAGGAGCAGGAGCUGCAGCAGGAGCAGGAGCAGGAGCAGGAGCAGGAGCUGGAGCUGGAGCUGGAGCUGGAGCUGUAGAUGCAGCUGACACUGGAUCUAGAGUAGAGGAGCCUCAGGCCGUGGUCCACAAUCAAGCACAGGCCAGGGAUAAGGUUGCAGAGGUAGGGGCUCCAAAAGAAGGUGUUCAAGCAGCUUACAAGGAGGAUGGCCAUGUUGCACUUGGAGGAGAAUCCCAUAAGCAGAGUGAGCUAGGGGCUAGGGGCGUGCCAUUGGUAAAGAAAAGACCUGAUAACCGUCAGCCAGUACCUCAAAAUGAUCAGGUAGCUCAACCUAAAGAUGAUGAAGCAAGUAUAGAUAAGGUAAAGAAGGAAACUGAAUAUCUUAAACAAGUACAGAAAGAGAAAGGGGUUAAGGCAAGAGAGGAAAAAGAACAGCGUGAUCGCGAGAUAAAGGAGAAGCUGGCCAAAGAGCAGGAGCUGGAGAUAGAGAGAGCCGUAAAGGAUAAAAUCGCAAAGGAAAAGGCUGAAGAAGAGAGACUUCAGCGGGAGAUGGAGAAAACAGACAAUGAAAUACUUGAGAGAGUGAAAAAAGAGGAGGAGGAGGAGGAGAAGAAGAAGAAGAAGAAUGAAGAGGCUCAGGAGAGGCUGGCGCAGCAGGAGCGAGCUAAAGAAGAAGACAGACAGGCUGCACAGGGGGCUGAGAGAGAAGAUGGUGAAGCUUUGAAGAAAGGAGGACGAGACCUCAAAGAGAAUGCUGCUGCUCGGGCGGACCCCGGAGAAGGUGUGGAAGACGGGGCCGUCAAAGCCGAGGCUCACCCCCAGGGCUUCCACGGGAAGAUCGGGGACCAGGGAGAAACGGAUCUAAGACGGAGGCGUAGGGCACUGGGACCGAGAGUAGCCGGAGGGCCCCCGGAGGAGACGGGGGUGUCCAGGGGGAUGCCGGGUCUGGAGCCCCUGCUGGAGCUGGGGGGCUCCGACCUGCACGCGGCCCUGGAGGAGCAGCUUCUGGCUGGGGCGAUGGUGCACACGCGGCAGAUUAAACAGGCCCCAGAGGAGGAUGAUGGGCGAAAUAACACACAUUAGACAACACGCACAUACAUUCUCACUCAAUGAUUGGAAGUUCAACUCCUACUGUACUCCUGCAGAAAACUUCUAAUACUGUGGACUUCUAUGUCGUUGCCUUACAUUCUUUUUUGCCUUCAGAAAUGAUAUGGACAAAGAGGACCACUUUCUCUUUCUUGAUACUCUAGAAUAAACCCAAAGUCUUUUAUUAAAGAGCAAAUGUGUGAUGUAAAUAUUAACUUAUUUUUGUCUCGAGGGAGGAGAAUUUUGAAGAGGUAACUGUUAAAAUGUAUAUAAAUCUAUGCAAUACCUUUCUUUAUAGUGUUUAUACGGGGUGGAUGUAUUAAUGUUUGUGUAUAUGAGUCACUUUUCAUUCACCAGCUUAGAGGAGUCUGCCUCUCUGUAGGAUCUGUUUGUGCUUUAUUGUCUUCUGUGCUGGUUUUCUGUCAAGUCUGGUUAGUAUUUAUCUUUUACUUUGAUAUGUAUAUAUAAUAUAACUGGGUGUAUGUACCACAUAUUGGAUGUAAUGUGGGUUCAGAGGCCUUUUGUAAGAGCCGUUUCACUAUGCUUUCAAAUGAAAGUAACGGUAUUCAGCCUCAUGCUGGAGCUACAAGGUUUAUAGUGAAGGCUUAUUGUUUGAUAACCUGUGGACAAUGAAGCAGCUGGAACCAUGACUCGAGUUAUCAAUCAUUCCAUUUUGGAUAUAUGUUUCCUGUUGAUUUAUUAGUGCCUUCCAAUCCCUAUGCUGCUGUUAUCUCAAAACAAAAUGUGGUAUUUUUCUUUUUGCUUCUACUCUUACUGUGAGUACAGUAAUUAUGAAAAUGUGUACGUUGUGUUAAGGACAGUGGAAAGAAAUAUGGAAUAUGUCUGUAGUGUUUCUUUGUUAUCCAACUUUUCUGAAAAAGAAGCUAUUUUUCUAUUUUCUCUAUGUGCAUUGUAUUUCUGUACUUUUUGCUGAUAAGAAUGAAUAAAAAAACAUCUCUAUUA